AUGGUUGCGCCAGGGAAGAAAAUCGACUGCGACUGCGACACUGCAGAUCAUACAGAACCCAAGCAAUGUGAGGAAUUCCUGCAAAUAGCCGACAUUAUUGAUCACAUCACCAUCAUUGCGAAAGUUAUGGUCGGUAGCAAGACUAUCAAUGUCGCCGUUGGCGAGGGCGAACAAAUGCAGGUCUUUGAAGUCCAUCGGGAUGUGCUUACCCUCCUUUCAGGUGAGGCUGGCACACGAAUUCAAGACGCAGCAGAACCGGACGAAGAAGAGUUGGAGUUGCCAGAAAUAAAGCCCGCACUUUUUGCGGACUUCAUUUCAUGGAUGUAUUCUGGCGACUUUCUGCAGGCUCCAAAAAUCGACCCGAAUACGUCCGCAGAACAUAUAUGGACAAUGGGUCAAUUUCUUCAAGCGCCAUCCUUCCAAAAUUUCUGUAUGAAGACUUCUAUCAUAUCAGACUACAGAGACGAAAAAAGGAACUGGAUGACCGCUGCCAGUCUCAAAUCCGUAUACAGAGUUACGAAGAAGGACUCGAAGCUCCGCAAGCUUGCAGCCGAUCUCGUGAACUGCUUACAACCACACCGAGAAGGCACCAAGACGCAGAAGGAUAGUUUGGCAGAGCUGCGCAAAACUUGCUCUGACUUCGACGCUGAUGCACAGCCAUCACGUGACAAGAAGUGGAAGGGGAAGAACGGGGUCUUCCCUUGGGAUCUACAGUUCCGGGAGGAUUAUUUGGAGGAAGAAACUCCACUGGACGAGGCUUGGGAAAGGCAGAUCCUGAAGAACACAUCGUCUCGUACUAAGAUUAGGGAUAUGGCUAAAACGGGAGAAGUCCACAGCUCGCUUGAGUUUAUACAUCUUGAAUUUAUGAAAGCGAAACGAAAGGGCAAAGGACGGAGUAAAUGA